AGAGGAUGUAGUCCUAAUAUUCACACCUUUACUUCCUUGAUAAAGGGUUAUUUUCUAGAAGGGAGAGUCCAUGAAGCUCUUGGCUUGUGGAAACGCAUAAUUCGUGAGGGAUUUGUGCCCAAUAUUAUUGCAUUUACUAGUCUGAUACAUGGUCUCUGCUCUAAUGGGAAAAUGGGUGAUGCUGUAUCUGUUUUACAUGAGAUGGAGAGAAAUGGCUGCCCUCCAAAUGUGACCACAUAUAGCACUCUUAUUGAUGGCUUUGCGAAAGCUGGUAACCUUGUUGGUGCAUCUGAGACUUGGAACAAUAUGAUGAACCAUGGUUGCCGUCCUAAUGUUAUAGCAUAUACCUGCAUGGUGGAUGCUCUUUGUAGGAAUUAUAUGUUUCAUCAAGCUCAAUGUCUUGUGGAAAAUAUGACAGCUGAAGGUUGUCCUCCAAAUACAGUUACAUUUAACACAUUUAUCAAAGGGUUAUGUGGCGAUGGAAAGGUAGAUUGGGCUGUCAAGAUGCUUGAGAAGAUGGAGAAGCAUGGGUGUUUUCCUAACAUUACAACAUAUAAUGAGCUAUUGGAUGGUCUCAUCAAGGUGAACAGAUUCGAAGAAGCAUUUGGACAUGUUAGGGAGAUACAGGAAAGAGGGAUGGAACUGAAUUUGGUAACUUACAAUACCAUUUUGAAUGGUUUUUGUCAAGCUGGAAUGACCAAGGACGGUAUGCAGCUUUUCGGCAAAAUGCUGGUAGAGGGAACAAAGCCUGAUGCCAUCACAUAUAACAUAAUUAUACAUGCCUAUUGUAAGCAAGGUAGGAUAAGCACUGCUACUCAGAUUUUCAACAGUAUUGGUGCGGCAAAGGAGUGGCAGCCAGAUGUAAUAACUUAUACCAGUCUUCUGUCUGGGAUUUGUAAUUUGAUAGGUUUAGAUGAAGCCAUGGUUUAUCUUCAUAAGAUGAUAAGGGAAGGGAUCUGCCCCAACAUUGGCACAUGGAAUGUGUUAGUGCGGUGUUUCUUUAGCAGUUUAGGUCAGUUGGAGCCCAUCUACAUACUGGACAAUAUACUUCGAAAUGGACAAGAAACAUGAGCUUGAUGUUAAUAUGAAGAAUCAUCUGUUUUAUAUAUUCUUAGCCUAACAUUGAUAAAUGUGACAGAUGCUAAACUUAACACAUUCCAUAUG